CCGAGUUUGACCCUGGAAGUUAGCAAACUUCGAGCUUAACUUUCGGUAAAAUAGCUCUGACAAAACGCCCAAAUACUCUCUAAUAUCGGUGUUGUGUUUGUCACAGGUGACAUCCAAGUUUCCAACAUGUUGUUCUACACGCAACUCUUCACGUCUAAGCGGGGGCCUCUAGCCAAAAUUUGGUUAGCAGCGCACUGGGAAAAAAAACUCACCAAGGCUCAUGUAUUUGAAUGCAAUUUGGAAACAACCAUCAGAGACAUCAUUUCUCCACAGAUGAAAAUCGGUUUGCGUACAUCCGGUCAUCUGCUCCUCGGUGUGGUCAGGAUCUACUCCAGAAAAGCAAAGUAUCUCCUGGCAGACUGCAACGAUGCCCUGGUUAAGAUUAAAUUGUCAUUCAGGCCAGGUCAGACAGAUAUGCCUGAGGAGGGACUCGAGGCAACAGUAAAAGCAAUUACCUUGGUCGAGGAUUUCACUGCUUUCGAUGCCCAUCUGCCGCCCCUUGGUAACAUAGAUGUGGUGGACCACUUUUCAUUGAACCAGAGUCGAUCAGAGGAAAUCACUUUGAAAGAGGAUUUUGGAAGUGACUUUCUGAACUUGGCAGACAUCGGAGCAGAGUCCCAGAGCCACCAGAAUGCAAUGCUGGAUGUGAGCUUCCAUAGCUUGGCUCAACAUGGAGACACUUUUGGAGAUGAAGAUAAAGUAUUCGACUUACUUGACUUUCUGACAAACUCCAGUGAUAAGGCUGAGUCCACCAACUUCAUCACAGAAGAUCCAGAGAAUCCAGAUAAUUAUCAACAAGAUGCUCACAGAAGACAUUCAGUGGAUGUAGAGACCCCUACAGUGAACGAGACCACCUUGCUUGCUGAUGAGGAGGAAGCCUUUGCCCUUGAGCCUGUGGCCAUCACUCCGAACUCAGAAAAGAAGAGGGGGAAGAGGAAACGCAAGUUGAUUGUGGACCAGGCUAAAGAGCUGACCAAUGAAUCCAUCAGAAAGCAGCUUUCUGAUUAUUCAGACCUGGUCGCCCCUUUGGACAUGGCCCCCCCGACCUUGCAGCUCAUGCAGUGGAAGGAGAGCGGAGGUGCAGACAAACUUUUUGCACAGCCAUGUUCCACUGUAGUAACUCCACAGAUAAAUGAGCUCUUUCCCAAGAAUGUUUUCCAGGCGAAAUAUUUUGGUGUCACUGAGGAGGCUGAGGAGAUGCGACAGGAUGGACAAGAAGUUCAGAGGGACAUGAGUGCCCUCACCACAGACAUCAGUGUCGUAGAUUCAUCAACCAACACUGAAAAGACACACCACACUGAGCUGACAGUUCUUGAUCAAAUAAACAACAACCAGAAUGAGAGUUACUCAGAGGAUGGAAAGAGGUCAGGGUUCACUGAUCCAGAACUCCCAUCAGAAGACUCCAUGUUUGUCCACCCAUCUCACAUGGAGCAGGAGACUCAGUCAACAUCCCUCCACACUCAGUGUAUGCUGGACAGCCAGGACUUUGAGGAGAGGAGGAUAACCAGGCGAGCACAGAAGCUUCUGAACACUCUGAAAAGCCAGGGCGACCGUGAACCCACAUUCAGCUUGAAGGCACUCUGUGACGGGGGCAAUCGCUCGCUGGCUGCAGCCACUUUCUUCUGUCUGCUUGUUUUGAAAAAACAACAAGCUCUCCACCUGCACCAGAGCUCUCCCUAUGAGGACAUCUUUGCCACACCAGGACCCAUGUUCUACAAUUGGUAAAACAGGAAUUAGCUUCUUAAAAUAAUUGGGUUCAUAAAUGAGUUGCGGUCCUGGUUCUACUGGAUCUGACUCACAAGAGUAGCACAGGUUAAAUAAAUUUUACCCUGGGAAAUGUUUAAAAACUGGCUGAAAAGAAAACACUAACUUGAAUAUAUGUCACACAUGUUUGUACCAGGGUAUGUGCAGGUCUUCAAAAGCACUUAAUUCAGUUCCCUCAAAAGAAGGACCAUAAAAGUUAUUAAAUAAGUCUUAAAAUUCCUUUACAAAAUUCAUAAAUAUUUUAUCUCAGCUUUGUUUUCUUGUUCUGUUCGCCCAUCGUUUCAAAACUCAGUUAUCAUUUACCAUCAUAUACAACCCAAAAAGCAUCAAAUCACAUUUAUAUUUUUUACUUAGUAAAACCAGCAAACACAGAUUAAAUGUUUGAAUUAAAAAUGACAAUGAAUUAAUUAUCUCAAUAGUUGUCAAAAAAUUUGCUUUAUUUUAAUUAAUUAUAUCAUCAGGAAUUAUUGUUAUAAACUGCAGGGAAUCACUGAAAACCGUUAAUCAUAGCUUUAUACUUUAGCCGGUAUGAUGGUGAAACAUAUAUGUUAUUCUAUGUGGGAUUAAAAAGCUUUAAAUUUGGCGAAAAUUUGGUGAACCUGCAAAAACCCUGUGUAUUUUUGUGUGUGUCUUAAAUGUUGUAAAUAUUCUUUGUGCUUGUUCUUGGCACUUUUCAUUUGUGAGAAAGCGGAGGUUAUCAAUGACAAAAACAUUUAAUCUAAAACUCUUCAACUCAAAAAUAUUUUAAAUGGUAAUCUCAAAGAUCCUAUGAAUGUAUUUAUUUUUUAUAUUGACAGCAUGUUAUGGAGCAUUUCUUGAGGUGUUUUAGGUACUGUGCUUUCCUGCAUAUUCAGUGUUUGACACAAAUUCCUCAUUUAUUUAUACCAACUAUUGUUCCUCAGAAAGUAAACUUGUAUGCAAGACCUGUCAUGCACCAAGUGCCACUUGAAUUCCUGUUGUGUUUUGUCUGAGAGAAAAAAAGCACAAUUUGGCAAUUAAUAAUAAGUAAAUGUUGAAAAUAAUUGCUUUAUAUCGGUUCAUUCCUCAAUACUUCCUUUUAAAGUAUCUAUUUAACAUUUUUCUCUGUUUCAAAUGAAUAUUCGGCAUUUAUAUGAAACAAAAAUAUGGCUGAAUAUUUACUUUGUGUACAUUGUGAUGUUCUACAAACAAUUUUAUGUUACUGGAGUUUGGGACAUGAAGCUCAAUUAUUAUACCAGUCAUUAUAAUUGUCUAGAUGUUAUGUUCAGUAUUUUCUUUCUGCAGCUUAAAUCUAUAAAAUGGAGUCAUCAGUUCUAUAGCAACAGAUGGUGUGACUCAUGUUCAAUUAUACAGUGAUAGUACAUGUGUGAAAUGUAUUAUUUAAUAUUUAUUAGGCUACGAAUCGUCAGAAUUUGAGUUUAAUUCACCUUAUUUUGUGCUCAAUGCAGUCCUGACAUCUCACAUUAGAGGGCAGAAAAAUAAUUUUCUUUUAUCACAGGUCCAGACAUGACACUGAGGGACCACUAAUACAUACCAUUUGUUUAAAGGGGCAUAGGGAUGACUGUAAAAGACUGGAGCUGAGUGACACACCCAUUUCCCACUUGUUCUUGGAGUUCAUUAUGUAAGAAGUUUAGAGGAUUUAUUAUAGAGUUUAAGCCAUUCUGAAAUUGUAAAUAUUUUGUAGGGAUGUCUGCGGAUGUGGGUUGUAAUAAAAUA